AUGCCAACCCUAUGGGAAGAUUGCAGUCAAAGCCGUCUGUGGGGAGGCUUUCAUUUCACUGCCUCUGUCUCUGCUGGCCAAGAGCUAUGCACUGGUGUUGGAAAGAAGGCCCUGGCUUAUGAGACACUUAUCCAAAACAACAGCACUCUAGGUUCCCAGUUCCACACAGGUGACAAUAGCCCACAGUGUGGAGUGGAUACCAAUGCUAUUGAGAAAACUCAAGCUGGAAUGCCAGAAGCUGAAACACAUGCUCAAGGAGGAUCUGCAAUGGACCAUGUUGAGAGUGAUGAGAUGUUGCCAUCUACUGUAUUGCACGUGGCCAACACCCACUUUUCCUUGCUGUUCUCUGGAUUUCUCCUGGCUUUUGCAGGAUUAUAG